CACGUGCUAACAUUCCUCAUUUAAUGUCCGUGUUUAUUUAAGGCAACUGAUCGGAAUAUAAACGUCAUAAGGAUUUGAAGUUGCAUUUCCUCUAACAAAACGCCAUGAAAACAUUCGGUACAUCACACAACAGGGAUAUUGUGGAAUAUUCGAGUAUGAGCAUCUGGUGAAAUUGGAAAUCUUUUCAAAGGCACGGGUGUUGUGUUAAGUAGGACAUUUUUGAUAAAUGGAAACUGAUUUAAGCCAAUAUUUUCCAAAUGACAGUAUAUUUAAUUUGGAUGAUGACAGUGAGGAGAAGGAUGUUUAUAUUCCACGGGGAAAUAUUUUGUCAAGUCCCCGAAAAGCAGAUAAAAGCAUAAAAGAGUAUUUUACUGACAGUAUAUUUCUAUCAGAUGGUGAGGAAGAAGAUAAAAGCAUAAACAAGUAUUUUACUCAAGACAGUAUAUUUCUAUCAGAUGGCGAGGACGACGACAAAGAAGAAGAACCCAUAACUAAACGAUCGACACCAAGAUCUCCCCGUCGGAAUUUCAAUCUUCAGGAGCUUCAAAACCUCGACUUAUCUGGAAUUGAAGUAAAAGAAGAGAUUCCUAAUACGCCAACGAUAAAGAUUGAAGAACAUAAUGAUGAUACUGACGACUCUCCAGAUGAAAAUAUAUAUGAUACUCCCCCUCCUCCUCUCCCAAAAAAGAACAGACACACCUUGGCUGUGUCCACAGAAGAGGAGAUUUACAGGCGGUCAGAAAGUGACCUCACUAGUUCCAGAAGAGGUAGCUGUCCAGAUUUCCUUGGAACAUGGGAAAGGGACUCAUUGGUGCAACAAAAAUACGAUAACCUUUUGGCCAAUGAAGGACUAGAACACAGUACUGAAUAUGAAUUUGCAUCAAAUAUUGGUAGUCAGAAACGCGUAACUCGCAAAAAAUCGUUGAAGGAUAUGUUGUCUACAAUAUUUCCUAAUCGAAUAUUUCUCUCUGUAAGUGAUUCAGAAAUUGACAAAACAAGGUCAGAGAACAAACGCGAUUCACGUUUAUUGAAUAAAACCAAGACAGGUGGCAAAGGCACGUUCAAUAUAUGGUCAGUGAAGGACAAAAUGUCCUUAAAAUACAAAGAAUUUUGUUCUGUAGUUUGUCCAAAAGAUAUGGGGAGUAAAGGUGACCUUUUUCAAUUGGUGACCACGUUUUGCGUUCCCGCAGGAUGCGCGAAUGUGACCUCAAUGGUAGGGUAUGAUAAUGGACAAUGCUGGGUGGCCGCUGAAGCAUCAGAGAGUAUACUCCUCUAUGACAGGGCUGGAAACUUAAUGGAUUUUGUUAACGUAGGGUGUUCCGUAGACUCCCUCACAGUUGAUCAAGAUGGAAACGUGUUCAUGUCUUGUCCAGAUCUGAAACAAGUCCGUGUAUUCGAUCGUAAUCGACACGUGAAAACAUUUCUGGAUAUGACACAAUACCCUAGAGGGAUCGCCUAUAUGAUGAUUGAUGAUUCUAUUCUGGUGUGCAGAAACAACGAAAGAAUAGCUAAUGACCUAAAUAUGAAGGCUUGUAAUCCAUUGCGAAAAUAUCAGAUCCGCGGCCCAAGAAUAAAAGUCCCACAACCGAAGGAUUUAGCUGAUGGCAGGUUUGGCUACCCAAUCCGAAUAUGUGUCAAUGUGAAUGACGAUUCCAUUGUGUCAGACUUUGCCCAUCGGUCUAUCACGGUGCUAGACCGCAUUGGAAGGAUUCGAUUCUCCUUCAAGUCGUCUAAAGAUUUCCCUGUUCCCAACCGCCAUUCAAUUUGUUGUGAUAACAAAGGAAAUAUAUACAUAUUUUCAAAAGGCAUGCCAAACGUUUGUAUACUGGAAUCUGAUGGCAAUGUUAAAGAUAUAUUUACUUGCCAUGAUCUCUCCAAUGAAUUCGUUUAUGCCUCUGUGUUUGAUUCUGAUGGUUACUUGUGGGUAGCUUGUAUGGACGGAUUCGUCAAAAUAUUUAAAACAUCUUGAAUUAACAUGAACAACUUUUAAAAAUGACAUACGGAAAAAAUCUCAAUUUCAGCAUGCUAGUAUUCAAGUUGCAGUCGAAGAAUGAAUGAGAUAAUAAGUAAUUGUUGUUAGUUUGUUGCUCUUACGUCAGAUUGGAAAUUUUUUCACUCAUAUAGAUAGGAGGAUUCGACUGGAAUCAUGGCGGGUGUGACCGGUCGACAGUGGGUGCUUACUCCUCCUAGGCACCUGAUCCCACUUCUGGUGUGUCCACGGGUCCGUGUUUACCCAACUCUCUAUUUUGUAUUGCUUAUAGGAGUUGUGAGAUUGACCACUGUUCGUUAUCUUCGUCUUUCAUAUGGAACUGUUACCAACUUACCAACCAAAGGUUAAGUACCAUUAUGCCUUAGUAGUAGAGAAAUUUAUUUUGCCAAGCCUACCGCGACACAGGUCAAUCAUUUUUAAAGGUUCCAUCCUUAUGACCCAUAAUUCUCCCUUCAAACACCCGGCACUUGGCGAAGGCGAAGUCACUGUGUAUGUUAAACCUCUCUAUUGUCGGGAUCGAGAAUCAACACAGCACGUCCCAGUUGCGAAACGAGAACCAUAACCUCUAUGCUAUCAUGGUCGGUAAAUAUAGCUAGUAAUAAAAAGAAGAACGAUAGAUGAUUCGUAAUGCAAUCUCCAAGCUACUAAAAUAAACUAAAGAUAGUAGAUAUUCCAGUUACAGAAAUGGGAAUUAGAGACAAUAAGUGUUCAAGUUACGGAAAUGGAAAUUAAAGACAAUUUAUAUUCAAACAUUCAAGUUACGGAAAGAGAAAUAAGUAUUCAACUUACAUUAACAGGUCGCGGUAGCUCAAUAGUAGAGCCUUCGUUUCGUAACCGAGAGGUCGUGAGCUCUGCUCGAACCAUGACCUUCGCCAAACGCUCGGCAUUUAGAAGUGAGAAUCACUGGUCUUUCGAGCAUGACUUUAAAAACGGAUGUCGCGGUAGGCGUUGGCAUGUUAAAGAACCCUCACUUCUACGACCCCGAUCGCUAAGCAUAGGUCUAAAUGUGUGGUACUUCACCUACAGCUAGUGAUGUCUCAAUAUGAGUGAAAAUAUCUCCUAAACAAUCAAUGAAUCAACUUACAUGAAGAGGAAUUAGUGAUAAUUUGUAUUCAAGUUACAGAAAGAGGAACCAAGACAAUUAGAAUUCAGGUUAGAAGGAAUGAGAGACUAUAUCUUUGCUAUUUGAUAUGUUUGUAUGACACAGCCCAUGUCGUUAUAUUUAAUGCUGUCUGGUGUAUAUCAUGUAAUAAUUUUGACAAACCAAUAGCAUACACAUUUCUGCUUGUGCAUUGUAUAUAAGCCGACCGAUUCUGUAAAGGAAAACAUUGUUUUCUUAUUCGUGAGUGAGGCCAGCUAAACUGUACAACCUCUAUAGUUCCCAUGUAUAGUAAUAUAACAAAUAAUUAUAUCAUUGGUUUUAAGGUAUUUCCUAACCAGAGUAAUUCGACUACAUGUAUAUUGUAGAAUUUUCCUUUAGUUUGACCAACAAACAAUAAAAGAAUUUAUCAACUCUA